CCGCCCCCUGGAAAAUGGCGGGCGCGCGGUAAACGGCCCCCCGGGCGGGGGACGAGAACGCGCAGGCGCCGCGCCCGUGGCGGCUCUUCCGUGUGCACCCGGGUGGCCGCACCGCCCCUCGGUUCGACCUUCUCGCCGCGCGGGGUUCGGGGCUGCCCGUGUCUGGGCUUGCGGCGGUUGUAACGGCCUGGGCGGUGGCGUUGAGGAGAGAGAGAGAUUUCAAUGGAACAGCAGAUUGAAUGAACAUGUAUCUUCCUGAUUGGGUGAUGGAUAAAGUCUAAGACCAUACAAGCAACUCUUUCUCAGCCUGACAUAAAGCAUAAAUACAUGUUAAUGUAGGAAACUGGAAGUAACAUACAAAAAUAGUCAUGGGUAAGAGAAAGGAAGAAAGUAUUUCAAAGCCUGGAUCUCAAAAAAGGCUGAGACAAGAAUACACAAAUGAACACAGCGAUGAGUCUAAUGACGAAGAAAAUUCGAAGUCAUCAGCUGAUAGUAGUUUCUCUUUACUCUCGAGUGUAGGGGAAGUUGGGAUAAUUGAAAGUAUCCAGCUGAAGAACUUCAUGUGCCAUUCAAUGUUGGGGCCUUUUCAGUUUGGAUCAAAUCUCAAUUUUGUUGUUGGAAACAAUGGAAGUGGAAAAAGUUCUGUAUUAACUGCUCUUAUUGUUGGACUUGGUGGAAAAGCCACUGCAACUAAUAGAGGUUCCUCAUUAAAAAUGUUUGUACGAGACGGAGAGAAUUCUGCAGAUAUUUCCAUAACACUGCGAAACCAAGGCAGAGAUGCAUUUAAACCAGAAGUGUAUGGUGACUCUAUUAUUGUGAGUCAGCACAUUAACCUGGAUGGAAGCAGAAGUUAUAGACUGAAAAGCAAAUCUGGGACCUUAAUUUCUUCAAAGAAAGAGGAACUCGUAGGAAUACUGGAUCACUUUAAUAUACAGGUAGAUAAUCCUGUGUCUGUUCUAACCCAAGAAAUGAGUAAGCACUUUUUGCAGUCUAAAAAUGAAGGCGACAAGUACAAGUUUUUUAUGAAGGCAACUCAGCUGGAACAAAUGAAAGAAGAUUAUUCAUCUAUUAUGAAAACUAAAGAGAAUACGUGUAAUCAGAUAGAACAAGGAGUAGAGCGUCUUCAAGAACUUAAGCAGCUUUAUUUUGAAAAAAAGGAACGUUACAAAAGCUUCGGGUUUGUGAAUGAGUUGCGAAAUCAUCUUGAAGAUUUGAAACAUAAAAUGGCAUGGGCAGUGGUGAGUGAGAUGGAAAAAGAAAUACAGCCCAUCAAAGAAGGCAUCAGAGCUGAGGAAGAAAAUACAGAGAAGUUUGUUCAGAAGCUAGAAGAGUGCCAGGCAAAAGUGAAGGAAGCAGAAGAAAAGUACAAAGCAAUACAAGACAAGUUAAUAACAAUAAAUGAAGAAGCACAAGCCCUGCAUCCUCAGUGUGUGUCUUUAAAGGCUGAUGUGCAGGCAAGAAGAAAAGCAGUCAAUGAAGCUGAGGUACUUUAUAAUCGUUCCCAAACUGAGUUAAAACGUCUGGGAAAAGACGAUGAACAGCUACGUAAACGAAUUGAAGAAUUGAAAAGAAGUGCGAAUCAGGUUUCAGAGCCUGAAAAGUUGGAAAGACAAAGGAAAAUCGCACACUUAAGGGAACAGUUAAAGGCAUUCCAUAAUGAAGAAAUAAUGAUUGGUCAACAGGUGGAUCAGUUUCAGCAAGCUAUAUAUAAGUGUAAGGAAGAACAUACAAGACUUAGGAGAGAAGACUUUGAGGCGAAACAAGCACUAGAUGCCAAGCAGAAACAUCUGAGAGAGCUGAAAGAUAGUAAAACAAAUACCUUGAAAAGGUUUGGACCACAUGUACCAGCAUUUCUUGAAGCAGUUGAAACAGCCUAUAGGCAAGGGCGCUUCAAACACAAACCUGUCGGACCUUUAGGUGCUUUCAUUCAUCCAAAGGAUGCAGAACUGACCUUGGCUGUUGAAUCUUGUUUAAAGAGCCUAGUUCAGGCAUUUUGCUGUGAUAAUCAUAGUGAUGAGAGAACUCUUCAAAAACUAAUGGCAGAGUAUUAUCCACAUGGACACAGACCUCAAAUAAUUGUAAAUAAGUUUCAGAAUGAAAUUUAUGAUGUUAGACACAGAGGAGUUUUUCAUCCAGAAUUUCCAUCGGUUCUCACAGCGUUGGAAAUAGAUCACGCAGUGGUUGCCAAUUGUUUGAUUGAUGUGAGGGGUAUAGAAACAAUCCUGCUGAUUAAAAGUAGCCGUAGAGCUCGGGAAGUAAUGCAGUCUAAUCGUCCCCCAAAGAAUUGUCGAGAAGCUUUCACUGCUGAAGGUGAUCAAGUAUUUGAAAGACGAUAUUACUCUUCUGAUUACCUCAGACCCAAGUUCCUAAGCCAAGAUGUUGAAGCAGAAAUAAGUCACUUGGAGAAAGAAAUUGAAAACAAAAAGGCACAGUUGAGAGCAUCUCAGGAGUGUUUAUAUUCCAUUGAAAAUGAGAUCAGGCAGAAUGAAGGGCAUCUUCAUGGUCAUCAACGACACCAAAAAGAGCUACAGGUAAAAAUAAGAAGAACAAAUGCAGAAAUAGCCGAUCUUGAAAAUAGGGAAGAACACCAAUCAGUGGACAUCCGUACACUAGAAGAUGAAGUUCAAGAAAAUAAGGGUAAGAUGGAAUCUGUAAUAAAAGACAUGCAGCAACAAAGCAAGAAAAUGGAAGAACUGAAAAGUAUUCUCCAGGUAGCUGAAAAAAAAUUGGAAGAAAUGAAAGAAAAAGUUCAUCAAGUAGAAGAAAUUGCUGGCCCAAUUAAGGAUGAAUUAAACCAAGCUGACUCAGAAGUGGAAAACAGUAAACAACGUUUUCAGCACUAUGAAGACAAACAGAAGGAACGCUUGGCUUGCAUAAAAAGACAUAAAGAAUUACUGGCUGCCAAGGAAAAAGAAUUAGAGGAAAAAAUUUCACAAGCUAGGCAAAUCUACCCAGAGCGCAUAGAGGUCAGCAGAACUGUUAAGAGUCUUGAUGCAGAAAUGAAUCGCUUGAGAGAGAGGAUAAAUACAGAAAAUAGUCGCCAUGGCAACAGAGAAGAAAUCAUACAGCAAUUUCAUGAUGCAAAGGAAAGAUAUGAGGAUGCAAACAGUAAAGUGAAGCAUUUAAAGAAAUUUAUUAGGCUGCUGGAAGAAAUAAUGACACAGAGAUUCAAAAUAUAUCAUCAGUUCUUAAGGCUCCUUUCAUUACGAUGCAAACUCUACUUUGACCAUUUAUUACGUAUUCGAGCUUGCUCUGGAAAAAUACUUUUUGAUCACAAGAAUGAGACACUUUCAAUAAACAUUCAACCUCGAGAAGAAGACAAAGCCUCCCUCAAUGAUGUGAAAUCCUUAUCAGGAGGUGAACGUUCCUUCUCAACAGUUUGUUUUAUUCUUUCUCUGUGGUCCAUUACUGAAUCUCCUUUCAGAUGCUUGGAUGAAUUUGAUGUCUACAUGGACAUGGUUAACAGAAGAAUUGCAAUGGACAUGAUUCUCAAAGUGGCUGACUCUCAGCAUCAUCGACAGUUCAUUUUGCUCACCCCACAAAGCAUGAGUUCUCUGCCUACGAGUUCCCGUAUUCGCAUCCUCCGAAUGCAAGACCCUGAAAGAGGCCAAAGAACACUGAAUUUCAGAAAUAGGAAUGACGAAGAGGAAGAUCAAUAAGUAUCGUUGUGAACUUGAAAUUGUUGGGAGCUCUUCAAAAACAAUAACUUGUUAGAGUUCAGCCAUUAAGCAUAUUUUAUUUCUCUUUUUUGGAUGUUAUGGGGAUACAAAAGCCAUUAAGACUAUUGAGAGCAGUUCUGCAGUUUCUACAGUUGUUUACCAAACAGCAAUUCCUCAAUAAAACCUCAUUGUAUUACAAGUUAACUUUGUAGCCAAAUUUGUUAUUAGCUGCUGCUUCCUAUUUUCUGUUCUUUAAUGUUAUUUGUUUUUACACAAGCAUGUGUUAAAUUAGUGGAGGACUAUGAAGACGAUGAGGGGUCUGGAGCAUCUUUCUUUUGAGGAAAGACACAGAGAGCUGGGUCUGUUUAGCCUGGAGAAGAGAAGCUGAGAGGGGAUCAUAUCAAUGCUUAUAAAUAUCUCAAGGGUGGGUGUCAAGAGGAUGGACCAGACUCCUUUCAGUGGUGUCCAGCAACAGGAUGAGGGGCAAUGGGCACAGACUGAAGCACAGGAGGUUCCAUCUGAAUAUGAGGAGAAACUUCUUUCCUGUGAGGUGCCAGAGCCCUGGAACAGGCUGCCCAGAGAGGCUGUGGAGUCUCCUUCUCUGGAGACAUUGAAACCCACCUGGACACAUUCCUGUGUGAUCUGCUCUGGUGACGCUGCUUUAGCAGGUGGGUUGGACUGGAUGAUCUCCAGAGAUCCCUCCUAACCCCAACCAUUCUGUGAUUGUGUAUCUCUGAAAUACGGAGGCUGUCGAAGAAUUGAAGGAAAUACCCUGAGAAAGCUAACUGCAGUGCUAGUGCGGUCUAACUUUAGAAAUUAAGUCUAGUGACCUUUUAAAAGCUUCAGCUGUUACUUCUGAAAGCCCAGGGUUAUGGGCCAAGAGACUUGGAGCAGCCACGAGGAGCUGACUGACAGAACAGGGCUGGGCUCUAUGUUGAAGUGCAUGGCAGGAGAGAGACAGACAGACCGCAGUCAGAAAUCGAAGUGGGGAGGUUCUGUCUGGAUAAACCUGGGAGAGGGAUUGUUCAUGAUGAGAGUAAGAGGCAGUUGAGCAUUUUUGUGACAGGCUACAGAAUCUGCAUCCUUGGAACCUUUCAGGUCUGAACAGGCUGACUGCUGUACGUCCCGCAAGCAGGGGCUUGGACAAGGGACUUCUGGAGGUCCCUACCAAACCAAACAAUUCUAUAAUCCUGUGAUUUGAUGGAACAUAUGUUAAAGAUACUUGCAACUGUUUGAGGAUUAUGUGAAAAUACUGGGUGGAGCAGGAACCACACAAAGUGCAUACUUGGCAAAACUGGUCUGGAACACGAGCCCAGUUUGUUUGUACUGGGAGUCCUCGAUCCUGUUAUGUGAUUAUGAACCGCAUGUUCAGUUUGACUCACUUUUAUGAUGAAACUAGAAUAUGUUUCAGACUGCUACAAUUUGCAAUGAUAGAAUGGCAUAGCUUUAUUUAUUCCUGAUGUUGUUUAGCAUCCAAAAAAUAAAGCAGAGGCAGGAAGGAGAAAAGUAUUCAUCUUCAUUAGUACUUUUAUAAUGAGUUGUGUAGAGAAAGGAGUUUAAGAAAAAUGACUGCAUUCCUACUGAGCUAACACUUCAGCUGUCUCCCAGAUUUUCUAUAGACUUAUUUGAAAUGUUGGAGCAGUUGGCAACAAUUUUGCACUUUUGUUCAAAUCAAUAUAUUGUAUUUAUUCUAAUCUACCACUGUGCUUGAUGAAAAUGUGUGCCUGACUGCGUAAUGGUUAUAAGCAACCGUUUUCAUGGUAGAGGAUUUGUUCUGAAUAAACAAUUACUGAAGCA